GGUCACCAGUCGCCGUCGCGGGCUUCCCCCUUUUGUUCGCCGAAAACGUAUAAUAGUUGGACGCGACCGGCAAACGUUUCUUCGCCGCCGCCGCGAAGACAAUGCAAUAACGCGUCGAUUAGCAUACAAUGGAGGCGAAACGACGACCGCGACGUGCCACCACCUCCACUGCUGCCAUCAUCUACAUGUCGCGCGCGCAUUCGAGUCUAUAAUAUAAUACAGGCGUAUUGGAAGACUCCCGGAAACUUAGUCAAGUACCAUCGAGUCAUAAUUGCUUACAUCCAUCCGUCAUACAACAAAGCCACCCGAAUGUUCGACUUAUCGCUGGUAAAGCUCAAGAAGCCGUUCAAACACGUUGAGCGUUUCGUUGGACUAUCGUCGAGAACGUUCAAAAGUGACGUUGAACUGAAUUGCAUGGUUAUAGGAAUCGGUGCGCCCCACGAACGCGGUUACAAGGUACCGGUUCGUGUUAAGUACGGCCAAACCGCUUGUCGGAUUCCAAAAUCAAACACUUUUCUCGAGUUCGUGAUCGGAUUCACUUGGGCGGAUUUCUUGUGUGCCGAGACAAUAGGUCCGGCAGCCAUGCGAUUGCCGUGUGACCGGGCCGACCCACUGCUGUGCUCGAGUGGUCAACAUCAGUAUGGAAUCUUUAGCUAUGGAUACGACGUUACAGAUGCGUCUCCAGCGACAGAGGCGACAGAGUGCGGUGAUUCGACGGUUCAGGGCAGGCUCUUGUUUGUCAACAGGUACACUGGCUGGAUUUCUGAGACGAUGAAGAAACUCGGAACGGAUUACGAUGGUGAAUCACAGCAGUCAGAAAAAUAUAAUAAGACCACAGUGAGACGCCGUAGACCCACACGGCCACGACCGACAACCACCUCAACUAAAACGGUAGUUCCGCAGGUAACCUGCACUGACCGCAUGGAAGUCGACUACCCGUAUCUGGUGUACUUGGAAGGUCUACCUGACGAACCAGUGUGUGGCGGCACCCUAGUAUCCCCCUGGCACGUGCUCACGACCGCUUACUGCACGACGAGGAUGACCGAAAUUAUGGUGACUGUUACAGCGUACAAUUAUAGACAUCACGCGAACGCGAGUCUCGUUUACAUUCAUCCGGAUUACGACCCGUACACGCUGACCGCGGACAUCAGCAUCGUAGUUUUACACGACCCGUUAAACGUGACUAGGUACGCACAGCUACCAGAUAUCAUCAGCGGUCCGAUCGAUGACAACUUUACUACCAAAGCGCUGGCUUGCGUAGUGGUAGUGAGAAGACGGCUGACACCCUAUUAUUAUAUUCCGGUCAAUGUCAUGUACGGGCUUAAAGCGUGUCGGGAAUCAUUCGAUUCAGAAAUUCAGACAACCGUCAGCAAGACUUGGCGCGAGUUCAUCUGCGGAAUGCCCAAUCAACGACUUGGUAACGACAUAGGGGAUCCGUUAAUCUGCGACGGACUGCAGUACGGCAUGAUUAGUCACACGUACCCUACUAAGAUGCAAGCCACCAAAACGGGAAGUGUCAAUCAUCAAGUGCGUUUCUUGAUAGUCGACUACCACAGACAGUGGAUCAACAACGUGAUCGGGGCCGAUUAUCGAUUCGGCACUAACGAUGGUCGCCCACACGCAUUCCCCGGACUAGCGAUCAACCUGAUCCUGCAGUUUCUAACAAUCGUAUUCCAAUUAUUGUUACGCUAUAGGUAGAGGAAUCAUACGAUGACAACGGUUAUUAUUUAGCUGACAGUAAGAAUAUUAAUACGGUAAUGCGUAAUAUAGUUUAGUUUAACCGGGUAAUCGUGUUCGGUUGAACAAUUUAUUAUAAUAUGUUCUAUCAUAUAAUACAAUUUUUAUAUAACGGUGGUAGCGAUACAUCGUUAUGCUGCAUAAGACUCCCGAAAGUUUUUAAAAAUUGUAAGUUAUUAAAAGCAUAUCUACUCUUCUAUAGCGCAUUCGAGUGCAUUAAGAGUUUCAGUUUUCUUUGAGUUUACCGUAAACUAGACAUAUUAUUAUAUUAUAUUCCUAAAAAACUGAACAAUUGAAACUUUUGACUAAGUACCUACUAUUCAACCAUAACAAGAAAGAAUGAUGUAUUAAAAAAAAUAUCUAUAUAUUUAUAUAUAAAACCGAUUUAUAAAAAAAAAUAUAUAUUCGUAACCAUAGCAAUGAAUUGUAAAGACGAAUGGAUAGAUCUGACGGUCAUUGAAGGGUAUAUAUUCAUAUAUAUAGAAAUACCCUUUGAAAAAUAUCGGACAAAGUGCUACUUGACUAAUAUUAAAAUAUAAUAUUAUACAAAAAAAAAAAUAAAAAUUUUUUAUAAGAUAAAUUAGUUAUGGUUUGAUCGAAACAAAUUAAAUAAAAUUUACAUUUAGCAUAGAAUUUAUUUUUCGUACUAUUUUUAUUCUAUAGUCGAUUUCAAAGAGAUAUCGAAUCAAAUAUACCCAUAUAACUAUUGUUUACCUUGAAUAUAGUAACUUAAAGUACCAUUGAUACAUAGUAUCUACUGCACUGCAUUUUUUUUAUUGUAAAUAAAAUAUAAUUUAAUUCAAAUCUUUGAUUUUAAAAUUGUUAUAGGUAUAUAGGCACAUACAUUUUUGUAAUAAGAACAUCUGGUGUUUAACUAUUUAUCAAGAAAGACGCAACUAAAUCUAAAAAAAAAAACACGUUGCACAACUUAGCGAGUGAUGGAAAAAAACGUAUAAAACAAAAUUGAUGUUUGAAAAAAAAUUGUUUUGGAAAUGGUACGUUAAGCGAAAUGUAAUUGAGGUACCUAACUAAAAAAUCAAAAAGUCCUAAUUUUU